UUUAAUCUGACUCAUGGACAAUAAAAAAGACGAGCUAGCAAAAUUGAUUGACAAAGUUUGUUAAUUACUCCGUAUAAAGAUGGGCAAAGACCCGCGCCCAAUUUAUUUAUUGGACGGAUCUGAGGUUUUAUAACAGGGGUAGUCAUGGCUUUUGAUGGGUCUCCAACCCAUUAAACUGCUCUAAUUACCAACAACAAAAACAAUCCUCCUCUCUCUCAGUUUUCCAUUGAAGCGCACUUCAUUGAGGCGCCUCUUAACACUUGUAUCCGCCAUUGAAACAGCUUCUGAGAAAACUCAAAAUGCAAAUUAAUGGCUUCUACCUAGCACUAUGGCUUUUUGGAUUUCUACUAAUGACAUUCAACUCCUCUAGUGGUAUAGUUAAUCGAUCUAUACUAGUUUCUGGCGUGAUGUUAGGCGAUACCAAUACAGUGACAACAACGAUAAGAAGUAGAUAUCUGAAGGAAAACAGAUUUGGUUUCAUCUUUGCUCAGGGAAAUUCAAAUGGUGAUGUGAACUUGGAAGACUAUGGCCCUGUUGAUCCGAGCCCAAGUCAGGCUUCUAUAGAUCAUGGACCUAUUGAGCAUGGCUCUCCUUCACAUCCUUACAUUCCAAAACCAAAGCCUCCACCACCGGCUCCUAUUCCCUCUAGACCAUGAUGGAUCGCCAUAACCUUUGAAAGUCGUCAGCAGUCAGUUUAACUGUAUUCUUUUCAGUUUCCACGAAUGCCCAAUGUAUAUCUCCUUCAAGUGUAACAUUUACUAGUACUAGUAUUUCAGAAACAAUAUGAAAAUAUUUUCUGUAAUAACCCUAUGAAUGGUAGAUCAGGUGAUCUAAUUUUCUUAUGAUCAAAACUAUUAUUACUUGACUCAUUAAUCAUUCUUAGGCAUCUUCCAUAUUAAGUCCUAACAACGCACAAGUACGGACUGCGG